UUCUCUCCAAGUUGGGAUGAUGUAUCCAAAUUAGCAUGUAUUACCUGAACAUUCUUUGAUGUAUCCAAAUUAUCACCAAGAUCUCUGACACCAACAUUAUCGACCACAUUUCGUGUGUUUCGUUGAGGUUUAUGGCAUUAGCUUACGAUUUAAAGUCUAUAGAUCUCCUCAAUACCUCAGCUCAACAAUGACUGCGGUUUCAAGACCACCCAAGGAUCACUUUAAUGUGUUGUUCUUUGCCAGCGCCGGCUCUUUCACGUCCAAACAGCAACAGGCCUUCCCGGCCCCAAUGUCUAUCAAGAAGCUUUUCGACGCACUCGAAGAGAGCUACAGUGGUAUCAAAGAGAGGAUAUUGGAGUCCUGCUUGGUAACAGUCAACCUUGAAUACGUAGAUAUCCCGGGCCCUGACGAUGGUGAUGGCCUGGAGAUCCGGGCAGGUGAUGAGGUAGCCAUCAUCCCUCCCGUCAGCUCUGGCUGAGAGUCGGUCGCACUUCAGCGUGGUAGUUGAUAGCAAGCACUUGGUGAAGACUUGGAUCCAGUC